CGACCAACCUAUCAGUCAGAGCACCAUGGCCCCAGAGAGGGACCUUCAUAAGUUUCCGAAAGGAGAACGCUGUGAAUUUUGCGGUUCUCGCAAAUGGUAUCUCGAAAAUGGUUUGAGAUUCUGCGCCAAGGAAGGCCACCAGCUUCAAGGAUAUGUUGAAUUUGACCUUGGCGAUGAGGAUUUCGGCCAGAAGGGUCGCGUGGCUCGAAAGGAGAAGGAGACCAAGGAGCGCAUCAGACGAGUGCUCACCGGGCAACAAGCACGAGAUUUGUAUCUGGAGUGCCUGCAGCUCAUCCUUAGAGAGCAGGUAAUAUGGCUGGUCGCCGCAAAGGAACAUAAGCCGGAACUAGAGACGAUUGUCCGCGAUCUUUGGGAUCUUCGCAUCUCCGGAGCUGCGACAGCUGUUCAGGAUGACUCGGCCUCGGAGGGAGAGCCCUCGCUAUUCAGCUCGCAACUCGACCUCGCCCAGGAUGAGGAGCACCAGUCUCGGAACCGACGAGCACAAAGAUGGACAGGAGAAAAUGGAAGCGAGUGGCCGGCACCCCGAAUGAUUGACACACUAGGCCUUUGCUUCCUGGGGUGCAUGUUGCUGAGAAUACCCACGCGUAUUGGUGAUCUCUGCAAGUGGGCGAGAGGGGGGAGCAUCCCGUACAAAGAAGCUUAUCGCCAGCUACCUCAGGAGAUGCGUGAUCGAUUGCCAACUUGGUAUACGACACCGCUCAAGUCCACAAACCUUGCUGCCUUCGAGAAUGGAGAACUGCACGCUUCAGUCAUGAAUCUAGCGUUGUCGUAUCAUCUCAAUUACGGCAUGAUCUUCCCACCGCUCAACGAUGUCCUAAUGACAUUACAGUAUGCGCGCGAGUUGGGCCUGCCUAUUGAGACGGUCGCGAUUGCGCGCCGCGUUCCGCCCAUCGCCAACUUAACCUUCAGUUUUCCGCUAGAGAAGACCCGAAUCCGUCUCAUAAAUCAACCAGAAAUUCUCCUGGUCACCAUCCUUGUCCUUGCUGCGAUGCACUGCUUUCCACUCGAGGACAACAAGCCAGCUCCCCAGGACGAGAACAACUUCAUCGUGCCUAAGCUUGACUGGAAAGAGUGGAAAAGGAUAAUGACUCCAGCCUUGGUUCCAGAUGAAGCUACAUCUACCGUUGACUACACAGACGUUACGGCGUCUCAGAUCACAUCGAUGAGCCCCAAAGAGCUAGAUGAGUACUUUGCACACCUUUCACUGCUGACUGAAGCACAAACCGAAGAGACACUACUCGCGAGGUACUUCCCCGUCGACGAGCAAGUCCCCAAACAAACAGUGUCCGAGACAACAGGGGAUGAGAUGGCCGGAAGGCUGCGCGCUGUCCAGACACAGGCUGCAUUGUUUGUCGACUCAGAUGCACACGACAGACUUGGGGAGGAAAGUUUGCGAACCAGCCGAUAUCACUCAUACAAAUCUGAGGAAGACCUUCCUCCCAUAGGCAGGGACUUCUUUCAGCUGGCGGCGCGGCUGGCAGGGCUGUCCGUUCCAAUGUUGCCCGCCCCACCAAUUAUUUGCCGCGAUCACCAGAACUUUCUCGGUAACAACAGCCAGUUCACGAACGUCGGCAAGAUGCAGAUUUUCGUGAAGACCCUGACGGGUAAGACCAUUACCCUUGAGGUCGAGUCCUCCGACACGAUCGACAAUGUCAAGUCCAAGAUCCAGGACAAGGAGGGCAUCCCCCCUGACCAGCAGCGCCUGAUCUUCGCUGGCAAGCAGCUUGAGGAUGGCCGCACCCUCUCCGACUACAACAUCCAGAAGGAGUCCACCCUCCACUUGGUCCUCCGCCUCCGUGGUGGUAUCAUCGAGCCCUCCCUCAAGGCUCUUGCCUCCAAGUUCAACUGCGACAAGAUGAUCUGCCGCAAGUGCUACGCUCGUCUUCCCCCCCGUGCGACCAACUGCCGUAAGCGCAAGUGCGGUCACACCAACCAGCUCCGCCCCAAGAAGAAGCUCAAAUAGACGAUUCAUUACGGUUGCGGCGUCACGGGUUCUGGCAUUCUGGAGAGGAUGGCAGGGAUACGAAUUUUCCUGGGCUUUGUGGUAGCAUUACUUUCCAUCGGCAAGCAGUUCGUCGAAUAAAAACUGAAUUGGUCGCCCUCCUACCUCAAAUGUCAAAAGGAAACACAACCCGGACUACCCCGUUUAUGCCUUGUCGUUCAUCAACAAAUGAUGUUUGGAGGCUGAGAGAAAAAUCGUUUGGCGAGAGAGCGCGCCUAGGCGUCCUGAGUGCAGCAUGGAGAUGCUAAUGAGCAUGAGAGACGUACUAUGAUGGAUGCGGGAUGGCGACUGACCUGCCUCACAAUGCUCCAUUGACUACAGUGGAAAAUCAGCACAGUAGCGAAAUACAGAGCCUCAGAACCAUGUGUCGUUCAACUUGGUGAUGCACGUCAUGCAUGUGAACUUC